AUGAGCACUCAGCACGUCAACCCCGCAACUCCGCACCCCCAAGUUAAUUACAUAUUUCUCUUUGAGUCCGCCACGGGAAUGCUGUACUCCUCCUACCGCUCCGUUCCUGAAGGUCAAGACCCCGAGGACUUCGCAGCCGACCUUGUCAAUGCCUACAAGCAACACACCAAUCAUCUCAAGCAUAUUUUCUACCGUGGCGUCCUUUUCAAGAAGCCUCUUGUCUCCAUCGCCAAGCUGUCCGAGGCGGGCCGACCUUUCCCAACCCCCCUUGUCCCAGACGUUGCCCCUCAUGGCCCUCUGCGCCAGAUCCCCAACUUGGGUGCCGGCCACUUGUUCGUCCAGGAUCACGUCUACGACGCCACACUGACGGCAGCCAUGAAGAACGCCACCGUCCUGCGCAACAUUGACCGCGACACCUUCUAUGAGAUGUAUGAUGAGGUCGUUGUCAAGGCUGGCGACUCGACUCCACGAGCUGCCAUCCUCAUGCAUCUUGAAGAUGACCGGGCUGCCUCUGGGGUUUUCAGGAUCGCCAGCUCGAUCGUCUCCAUCACCAUGGGAUUAGUGGGAUUCUUUGCCUUCUGA